ACAUGCGCAUGACAGGAAGAGUGAUUCCGGUUGCUAACCUGCUGCUCUGUUGCUCACUGGCCUAGCCACAACCUGUGCUACACACGGACCAAAUGCCCCUGCCAAAAUUUAAGCCACGCUGAGCAACGCAACGUUGCAAAUGUCUUGAACAUGGCCAAGGUUGUUGGCACAGCAGCUUUAGUUUUGUACCUGUGGAGUGUUUUCUUGCCGUUCAGUCGCAUGUCAGGUCUUGGGAUCAAUGAGCUGCUGUAUUUCCGGGUCAUCAGUCCAGAGGAUAUAGGGUACAUCUUCAGUGCAGCACCUGCUAAAGACUUUGGAGGAGAUUUUACAUCAUUUUAUGAUGAGAUUUUCCUGGUGCCAGCAGACCCAGCAGAUGGCUGCUCAGACUUAAAGGACGGAGAAAUCAUUCAGGGACAAGUAAUCCUCGUGGAAAGAGGAGGUUGCUCCUUUGUACAAAAGGCCCAACAUGUGGAGGAAGCAGGGGGCAAAGCUGUUUUGAUUGCUGAUAAUGCAGUGGACAAUGACAGUCAGUACCUUGAUAUGAUCACUGAUGGAACCACUGCCAAACCAAGCAUACCUGCUCUAUUUCUGCUGGGACGUGACGGGAUGAUGAUCAGACGAUCUCUUCAGAGACAAGCACUGCCGUGGGCUGUCAUUUCCAUUCCUGUCAAUGUUUCCUCUUUGGCCUCAUUCCCCCUCAAGCAGCCGCCAUGGACACUGUGGUAGAAGUGCCGCACACCAACAACUUCAUCCACUUCCUAUAUCAGUCAACAUUGUUUCCUCCGUGUCUAAUCAGCAGCCAAUAAACUCACAGCCUUGCAGGGAAAGUCUUUGGUGGUAGUUAACAAAUUCACUUAACAAAUUCACACACACUAGUGAUGAACCAAUAAAAUGAAUAAUGACAGUAAUGAUCAUGACAUAAUGAUCAUGCUUACAUACACAACCAAAGGCAUGUGCAGAAACCUCUUUGCAAACCUCUUUGUUGGAACCCUUGUAAAAGUCAGACAAACAAGAAACAUGAAUGCUCAGUGCCUAUCUGAAAUUUCAAUAAUUAGCCAUGCAAUGGUCAUGAUUAUGAGUGUGUCUUCCAGGAGAGCAAUUUCUAGGAAUCUGUGUUCAGAUGAUCUGUUGUGCACAAGUGAGUGAUGAAACUGGAAAAUUUGAUAUGCAUACAUACAACACAUACAGAUUGAAGCACACCGUUUCUUCUAUCUUGUCUAAUAGUACAAGUGGUUGCGUAGGCCACUAUAGGAAAGGAGAAAAAAAACAGGCUAUGACAACAUAUGCUAUACUUGACUACGAUACAGCAUACUGGGAAUGUCGUCUCACUGUAAAAAUGUAAAUAAAGUCCUGUUUAUCUGCAUGAACUUGAACAGGGUAGCCCUCUGAUCAGAAAUGAAAAUUCUUUUUCUUAUGGUAAAUAAAUAUAAAAUGAAA